CACCGGUCGCUCGAGGAGUCUAUCAGGAGGAGAACAAUGUCGCCGCCGCCGCUGUUCAGCUUGCCUGAGGCGCGGUUACGUUUCACGAACUCUACUCGAGAUGCCCUCAAGAACAAAACCAUUAAACCUUUAAUGAGUGCGUUCAGCCAGAUACCUGGAAGUGAAAAUGAAAAAAAGUUGACCUUGGAUCAAGCUUUCAGAGUUGUUCUAGAAGAAGAAAUUAUAGAUAAAGCUUCCUGUGAAAAUGUCCUGGCUAUCAUCUCUCUUGUUAUUAGUGGGGUCACAGAAGGUAUCUGCACUGCAUCAACACCUUUUGUGCUUUUGGGAGAUGUUUUGGAUUGCCUUCCUCUGGAUCAAUGUGACAGAAUUUUCACCUUCGUAGAAAAAAAUGUAACUACAUGGAAAUCAAAUACAUUUUACUCGGCAGGAAAGAAUUAUUUGUUGAGAAUGUGCAAUGACCUCUUAAGAAGAUUAUCUAAAUCACAAAAUACAGUGUUCUGCGGAAGAAUUCAGCUAUUCCUGGCUAGAUUAUUCCCACUUUCAGAAAAAUCAGGGCUUAACUUGCAAAGUCAAUUUAAUUUGGAAAAUAUCACAGUUUAUAAUACCAGUGAGCAAGAGAGCACCCUUGGACAGAAGCAUGUAGAAGAGAGAGAUGAAGGAAUGGAAGUAGAGGAAGGUGAAAUGGGAGAUGAUGAAGCUCCAACUAGUUGUUCCAUUCCAAUAGAUUAUAACCUGUACAGAAAGUUCUGGUCACUUCAAGACUACUUUAGGAAUCCUGUCCAGUGUUAUGAAAAGAUCUCAUGGAAAACGUUUCUUAAGUACUCUGAAGAGGUAUUGGCUGUCUUUAAGAGCUACAAGUUGGAUGACACUCAAGCUUCAAGAAAGAAAUUAGAAGAACUGAAAACUGGAGGAGAGCAUGUUUACUUUGCUAAAUUCCUCACAAGUGAGAAGUUAAUGGAUUUACAGCUGAGUGACAGCAACUUCCGCCGUCACAUCCUAUUGCAGUAUCUAAUAUUAUUCCAGUAUCUAAAGGGUCAGGUGAAAUUUAAAAGUUCAAACUAUAUUUUGACUGAUGAGCAAUCCCUGUGGAUUGAAGAUACUACGAAGUUGGUUUACCAGCUUCUUUCAGAAAAUCCUCCAGAUGGAGAGAGGUUUUCAAAAAUGGUGGAGCACAUAUUAAACACAGAAGAAAACUGGAAUUCAUGGAAAAAUGAAGGUUGCCCAAGUUUUGUGAAAGAAAGACCAAGCGAUUCCAAGCCAAUAAGGCCUUUUGUGCGAAAGAGACCAGCUCCUGAAGACUUCUUGGGAAAAGGACCUAACAAAAAAAUUCUGAUGGGAAAUGAAGAGUUGACUCGCCUCUGGAAUUUAUGCCCCGAUAACAUGGAAGCUUGUAAAUUAGAGAGCAGAGAAUAUAUGCCAACAUUGGAAGAGUUCUUUGAAGAGGCUAUUGAACAGGCAGAUCCUGAAAACAUGGUUGAUAAAGAGUUUAAGGCCGUGAAUAAUUCUAACUAUGGCUGGAGAGCAUUAAGAUUAUUGGCACGCAGAAGUCCUCACUUCUUUCAGCCAACCAACCAGCAAUUUAAGAGUUUACCAGAAUACCUUGAAAACAUGGUCAUCAAAUUAGCUAAAGAACUACCUCCUCCUUCUGAAGAAAUUAAAACAGGCGAGGAUGAAGAUGAGGAAGAUAAUGAUGCUUUAUUAAAGGAAAACAAUGAAAGUCCAGAUGUUCAACGAGACAAACUUGUAACAGGCGAACAAAUAGAGUUAUUUGCUAACAAGCUUGGGGAAUAUUGGAAAGUUCUGGCACCGUAUUUAGAAAUGAAAGACGCUGAUAUAAGACAGAUUGAAUCAGAUAGUGAAGAUCUGAAGAUGAGAGCUAAACAGCUGCUUGUAACUUGGCAAGAUCAAGAAGGGAUCCACGCUACCAUGGAAAAUUUGAUUACUGCACUGAGCAAAGCUGGAUUAAAUGACCUUGCUGAAAGCCUCACGAAUGACAGUGAAAACAAUAGCUAAUUUGGGAAUAAUUUUAAGAAUUAAAAUAUUGGCUGUUGUUGCUAAGUAACAGAGUGUAACAUUUGAGAGGGCAAUUUUAUUUGGUAAAUAAAAGUCUUUAAUAAUACAGUUGUCUAGAAAUUCCAGGAAGGAGAGGACUAGUACUACUGAUCAAAAUUAGCAAAAAUGGGACUCUUGACUUCAUUCUCAAAUUAUGAAAAAGCUGAAUAAUUUGUGAGUAUGUGUUGGAUGGGAGGGGCUAGCACACAAGUCUUUCUUGUAUAAUUUACAGUGCUUAACAGCUUAACCUAUGGAGGCUUUAGAAAUCCUUCUUUUUUGUUAAUGAUUCUUCCAUGGCGUGCAUGUGAGUAUAAAUGUAGGUGUGAAAAGGUGUAUGCAAGUAGUCCCUUUCCUUAAAAUUUGACUCAUACAAGUUAAGAAAGGAAAUUGGUGGUGUACUAUAACAAAUGGUAGUUUCUGAAUUGAUAAAUCAAUUCUCAUGGGAAAUCACUAAAGAAAGUUGUACUUCUGUUGUGGAUGUGUUCACAGUUCAGUCAUGGCAAUGGCGUACAGGUGGUCUCAGCUUGCAUGCUAUUGUCACCUUACCCUGACGGUUCUGGACGGAGAUGAAGUAAAAUCUAUUUAGUAAGUUAUUUGUUCGAAGGAAGUGCAAGGAACGGCCGUCCCUUUUCUUCUACUGAAUCUGAUCAAUGAUCAAGUCUGUCUAGUCAAUUAUUCCCAGGCAUUUAAUAUUUCUCAAAGAUCAUGAGCUGAGAUUUGUCACCCAUAAUAUCUGAAAUUCGUUGAAACAGGAACUUUAUAAAUGCAAAGCAUUCAGUCUACCCUUUAAUUAUGUCAUUUCUUACUAGCCAAGCAUCUUGAUCCUUUUAACUCUGUCCACUGUUGUAAUGAAAAUUCCGCCUAAUGGUGUGGUGGAUAGAACACGUGCAACCUGAUGUUCAUUCUACUCCUAGUGCAGCCUGAACUUUUGUACUACAGUGUAGUAAUGGACAUUAGGGUGUUUGCAUUCAUGCAGGAGAAAAUAUAUGGUACAGUAGUGUGGUGAAGGGCACUAUUUAAAAUAUCUCUUCAUAGGGUAAUCUCAUGUGUAAUUGGCAAUUUCCAAGUAGGAGGCUGUACUUGUUGCUUUAAUGGUUGUAAAUGCGACAGGUAGUUAAACAUCUGUUAUCUGUGCUAAGUAAAAUUACUGUAAGGCAACCAAGUAAGCUCCCGUGCACCCACUGGAGACCUAAAGCUAUAAGAGUCAUCCUUUUUUUGAAUCUUAAAGUUUUAAG